GUGUUCGCACGUCGGAACACCAUCAUAUAAAUAUUAAGCGAUUGAGAAUUGACAUAACCAUUCUCUAGCUUACCUGUAUACAACAACAGCUGAUCACCAUGUUCCUGUAUCGGCCUGUAAGAGGAGCCAUAUGUGUUUCGCCGACUUUCACAACAUUCUCACGUAAACGUUCAACCUCUGUCAUACAUCCGAACUUAAACAAAUGUCCUUUUGCUCAUCCGGUUUCCAUGCAAGGUCACCAGAUUGCCCUGCCGUCCGAGGCCGACACUAUCAAGCCAUUUGAAGAGAUGCCUGGGCCACAAGGGAUCUAUAAUGUUCCCUAUUUAGGAGCGGCGCUACAGAUGUAUCCAUUCACUAAAUACCGCACAGAACGCUUCGACGAAUUAAUAGAAAAGUGGCGCAGGGAGUUUGGCACAAUCUGCAGAGUUCGUCUUCCUAGCGAAUGGAACGUGUUCGUGCUUGAUCCUGAUGACGUUGAGAAAACUUUCAGGUCCGACAAUAAGUAUCCUUUCCGGCGGCCUCUGCCAUUGUUCGACACGUAUAAUAACAGCAGGAACCGUGAGCCUACGAUUGGAGAGCGUAAUGGUGAAAACUGGUGGGAGCUACGGAGUCCGGCACAGAGAGGUAUAUGUCAGCCUCGAGCCGUGUCAAAACUUAUACCAAAGUUAAGCGGGGUAGCCGAUGACCUCGUUAGUAACUGUAGAGUGACUGGUCAACUCCAAAACCUGCCCGACCCAUUGUUUGAAUACUCUUCAGAAGGGGCGGGGCUGCUGUGCUUCAACAAAAGACUUGGCAUCAUAUCAUCUUCAGGAUCAGAGUCUAAUCGCGAGUUCAUGGAAUUUGUGGAUAAUUACUUUGAUUACUUUGGAGAGCAACUUCUAGCGCCAAUCAACUGGUUCAAGUGGUUUAAAACUCCGGGCUAUCGCAAAUUCGAAAAGGCGUCUGAUUUUUUAAUGAGUUUCACAGACAAAUAUACGGAAAAGGCGCUCAACAAUCUAGACAACAAAACUGACCCAGAUGAGUUUAAUCUUCUUCAUUUCCUGUUAACGUCCCCGAAUAUGACUCCAGAAAAAAUAUCUUCGCUCCUCAUCGACUUUUUCAGAGGAGGAAUUGAUUCUACGGCCAACGCAAUUACAUUCCUGCUUUAUCACCUUGCAAAAUAUCCCGACAUACAAGAGAAACUAUAUCAGGAGUUAGCUCCCCUGAUACCGGCAGAGGGUCCAAUUAGUCCAGAUGGCUUCAAGGAUGUGCAUUAUCUGAAGGCAUGUCUUAAAGAAUCGUUCAGAUUUGUAUAUCCAGUAAUCCUGGGUACCCAGAGAGUAUUGGAUAAGGAUGUGGUGCUUUCUAACUACGAUAUUCCGGCGGGGACGACAAUAAAUAUGUGCAUUACCUCUAUCUGCAAAGACGAAAAAUAUUUUCCUAAUCCGGACAAGUUCUUGCCUGAGCGUUGGUUAAGGAGUAAUCCUGACAGAGAAAAAAUCCAUCCUUUCGGUUUCCUUCCCUUUGGAUACGGAACACGGAACUGUGUAGGACAGAGAUUCGCGGAGCAGGAGAUAUAUGUCAGUGUAUCCAAAAUUGUGACUAACUUCACGUUAUCACUUCCAAAGGGUUUAAACGAUGUGCCGUUUGUCUACUCAACGUUUGCUACUCCCAGAGAUAAAUUCACCUUGCAUUUGAACCCAAGAUGAACCGACGAAUGAUCUGUAAACUAUAUACUGUUAUGAAGCGACAAUCAGAUCCGGCUAAAGAUAAUCCAGAUAAUCACACGUAUACGGUCAGAGACAAUUUUCGCGCCCUAUCAUAUAUACGGAUAAUUGUGAAGACAUUGACCUAUGUAUAUAUAACUGAUAUACUACUACACUUGCCAAAAGUACAACCUUGUGAUACGUAGCAGUAGUGUUUUCGAGUAAAGCCCUGUGAUAAGUAGCCGCAGUUUUUACGAGUACAGCCCUGUGAUAAGUAGCCGCAGUUUUUACGAGUACAGCCCUGUUAUACGUAGACGCCCUUGUUACUUGUACAACCCUGUGAUACGUAUCAGUAGUGUUUUCGAGUACAGCCCUGUGAUACGUAGCGGUAGUGUUUUCGAGUACAGCCCUGUGAUACGUAGCGGUAGUGUUUUCGAGUACAGCCCUGUGAUACGUAGCAGUUUACCUGAGUAUAAUAUUGGUAUUUAUUUAUAUUUAUUCAUAUUUUUAUGCAUUUAUUACGUUGUGAAUCUCCUAAUAGUUUCAAUUGAAUUUUAAACAUCUGCACUUCAUUUUGUCAGUGUAGUUCCAUGACAUAAUUCCUUGUUGUGCAUUACCAGAAAUAUGUGUUACAGAUUAUAUAUUAAUGUUGACUUAUAUUUAAAUGUUUUUAUUGAAUUUUGUUUACAACAUCUCGCGGGCGAGAAAUUGUAUAGAGAACUUUUAUUCUUUUAAUGUACGGAAAAAAUUAUAACGAAAGAAAAUAAUAUAUCUAUAUACAAUGUAUGUGUCUUUGUCAUAUCGUUGUACAUCACACUUUCCCUCGGCUACGUUAGGUAUUGUUAUUUUGCUCUAAAUACAUGCACAUUUCU